GGAUGUUGCACAAGUACUACAUGUAACAGUUCACUACUAACUUAUCUCCGACCAUUGCAAUAAUUAUAAUUGUAACCUUUACAACAACCAUUUCCAUACAGCCAUUUGCGUCGGAACAGUAUAGGAAUCGCCAAUAUUAUCCAGGCUAUACCUACAUAUUCCACGACAGCAUAUCGCAGAAGUACUUAUUAGAAGCCAGCUCAAGAUGGCGGCGGCUAGUCAGAACUUCUACGAGCUAUAUCGCCGAAGCAGCGUUGGCUCUGCGCUGACGGACACUCUCGAUGAUCUCAUCACUGAGCAUCGUAUUGAUCCUCAGCUGGCCAUGAAAAUCCUCGCAAAUUUCGACCGCGCCAUAACAGAGGUGCUACAAGACAGGGUCAAGGCGCGACUGACUUUCAAGGGCAGCUUGGAUACCUACCGCUUCUGCGACGAGGUCUGGACUUUCCAGCUUAAGAAUGUGACCUUCAAGAUGGAGAAUGGUGGCCAAGUCGUGACGGCCGACAAGGUCAAGAUAGUAUCUUGCACUGCGAAGCCCGGAAGCACCACCUAAGAUCUGAGAAGAUUGAAGAAGGCAAAACAGACGCUGAUGGAGACGAUGCGACCCCCCAGCAGAAACCGGAUGAUGCGGUGGAUGUUUGUGACGAGACAGAAUAUGCCGAUGCU